AUGACUAGCCGCAAGCGCAACGAGUUCCUGGAUAAUGGACUGAGCGAUGAGGAAGAGGAUACUGGCUACAACUCAGAAGAGCAGGAAGAGAGCCGUGGCGCGCGAUCCAUCAAGCGACGAAGAGUCGAGCAAGACUCCGACGACGACUCACAAGACUUUGACGACGAAGAUGAAGAAGCCCUGGAUAAGACAAGUGCAAUCGCCAACAAGCCCGCACCCGCAGCGCCAAAAGGACGUUUCGAGCUAGACGACGAAGAUGCCGACGACUUCGUUCCCGAAGACGGUGAAGACGACAACAACGAUCUCGAGCCUGCGACAGAAGCAACAAAAGAAAAGACAGUCAAACCCCUCACCCAAAAACAACUUCUCAAAGCCCAAAAAGCAGCAAAGAAAACCGGUGUAAUCUACAUCUCGCGCAUCCCACCAUUCAUGAAACCCGCAACCCUCAAACACUACCUUUCUCCGUACGGCGAAAUCGGGCGUGUCUUUUUGACUCCCGAAGACCCCGUGGCACAGAAACAACGCGUGCGCAAUGGCGGCAACAAGAAAAAGUCCUUUACGGACGGCUGGGUCGAAUUCAUCAACAAAAAAGACGCAAAGGCUGCUGCGGAAACACUAAACGGCAACAUCAUUGGUGGCAAAAGNGGAAACUUCUACCAUGACGACAUGUGGAACAUGAAGUACUUGACUGGCUUCAAGUGGAGUCAUUUGACCGAGCAAAUUGCGAAUGAAAAUGCCGAGAGGGCGGCUAGACUGCGUGCAGAAGUUGCAAGGACGAGGAGGGAGAAUAAGAGUUUCGUGGAGGAUAUUGAGAGGAGUAAAAUGUUGGAGGGUAUGCGGGCUAAGAAGGCUGCUCAAGCGGAUAGGGCGGGUGUUUCCUCGUCUGCUGCUGCUUCAAAACCUGCUGCCGGUGGUGUCAGAGAGUUGAAGAGAGAUUUCAAGCAGAAUGAAGUCAAGAGCAAAAGACCAAUNGACUCAAGCAAGUCGGCGCAGACGGAGGAUGUCCAGAGAGUCUUGAGCAAGAUCUUCUAG